AUGAAUGUCGUCGAAAUGGAUGGGAAGCAAGCUUUUAAAGCUGAUAUUUGUGGCAAAUCGAAAACGAAACGAACGUCCAUUAAUAGUUUAUUCCCAGAGAUUUUAACCAUUAUAUUCUGCUACUUAGAUUUGCGUGAUAAAGGACGUGUAGCUCAAGUAUGUCGAAGAUGGCGUGAUGCAGCCUAUGCCAAGUGUGUAUGGCGAUCAACUCAAGCAAGACUACAUUUUCGACGAUCAACUCACUAUUUAUUUCCCUCAUUAGCUGCUCGAGGAAUUCGUAAAAUACGGGUACUCAGUUUAAAAAACGAUCUCAGUUACUUGGUACAUAAUAUGAAUAAUAUGGAGUGUUUGAACUUGAAAGGAUGUUACAACGUUACUGAUAGCAGUAUCACCAAAGCCUUUGUGAAGACUAUGUCGACUUUGACAGUUCUCAAUCUAAGCCUUUGUAAACAAGUGACCGAUACUAGUGUGGAUCGGAUUUCUCGUUUUCUAUGUAAUCUUGAGGUACUAGAUCUAGGUGGUUGUUGUAAUAUUACAAAUGGUGCUUUGCUUUAUUGUGCUAAAGGACUUGUUCAUCUGAAAAAUCUCAACCUACGUAGUUGUCGUCACAUUUCCGAUCUUGGCAUAGCCCACAUUGCUGGUCUCACUGCUGCAACUGAAGGGAAUAGGAACCUUACCCAUCUUUGUCUUCAAGACUGCCAGAAAGUUACCGACAAUGCGCUGUGUAAUAUCGCUAAAGGUUUACUCAACUUGGAAGAAUUAAAUCUGAGUUUCUGUUGUGGUGUACGAGAUGUUGGUCUCGCGCAUUUGGCUGGCUUAAAACAUUUGAAAGAAAUAAAUCUGAGAUCGUGUGAUAAUAUCGGAGAUGAAGGGAUUUCAAAUCUAGCAGAUGGUUGUUCAAGUUUAACAAGUUUGGAUGUAAGUUUUUGUGACAGGAUCGCAGACGAAGCAUUAAAACACAUCUCACACAGUCUGUAUAAUCUGAAACAUCUAGAACUAGGCUCGUGUAGAAUUACAGACGAAGGAUUAUAUGCUGUUGCCAGAAACUUACAAGACAUUCGAGUUUUAAAUAUUGGACAGUGUAACAUGAUUACAGACAAAGGACUCUCGUACAUAGCAGAAAAUCUGCGAAAUGUAACAAGUAUUGACUUAUAUGGUUGUACGAAAGUCACAAAAAUUGGUUUGAAUCAAAUUGUCCAGAUGCCAGAACUCCGCAUAUUAAAUCUUGGCCUUUGGCAAAGGUAA